GUCAGAGCCAACCAGUCCGACUCCAGACUCCUCGCCGUCAACACGUCUCCACCUAGCGACCCACCUCAGUCAGCCGCUGGUACCCGGGACUUACAGCAGCAACACCACUACCAGUCCUCACCUACACUAGUGUUGGAGUGUACUAGUGGAUCACAAGUCAACGGUGGAGGAACUCAAAUGAUUUACCAGUGAUAUAAAGAAGAUAUUUUAGUGUCAUAUUAUCAAACUUCACAGCAGCAGUUAACAUGCAUACCAAACUAACAUCAAAGAUGUGCUCGCGGACCUUACUGCUGUCCGGGACUCUACUCGUCCUCAUCGCAGCUGUGUAUGGAGAAACAGCGUUCGAGAAACUGACUGAGCUGGACUACCGCGGCUCCACCUACUACACCAUCAGGAACCUGUCGCUGUGGGAGUGCCAAGGAUGGUGCCGGGAAGAACCAGAGUGUGCCGCCGCCUCCUUCAGCUUCGUCAUGAACCCCCUAGCACCGGUACAGGAGACGCUGUGUCUACUACAGAACGAGACGAUGGCCACCAACCCAUCGACUCAACCUCAGCGGGCCGUCUCCCUCUAUUACAUGGUGAAGCUCUCCGUCAGAAGUGACAAGGUGUGCAAGCGACCAUGGACCUUUGAGCGAGUCCCUAACAUGUUGAUAAAGGAUUUGGACGACGCACUGAUCUUCACCUCUACGAAAGAAGCUUGUCUGGCGGCAUGUCUAAAUGAGGAUAAGUUCAAGUGCCGGAGUGUGGAGUACAACUACGUGAACCUGCAGUGUCACCUGAGUCAACACGACAGACGUUCAGCUGGGAUCAACAUUCAGUUAAUACCAACCAAUGGCGUGGACUACUUCGAGAACCUGUGCCUCUUGUCUGUGGAUUCCUGUCACGACGAGAGAGACUAUGAGGAGCCACAACUGGGAGUACCUAAUGAGCGGAUCUCACAGUACGUCGAUAUGCAUUACUACGUGGACAAGGAACUGAUGGCUAAUAGUGUGGCGGCCUGCAAGAGAGCCUGCGAGAUCGAGAAUGAGUUCCUGUGCCGGUCAUUCCUGUACAAGGGCCCUCCUACAGGUAACUCCUACAACUGUCAGCUCUUCCAUGACCACUACACGCUCCCAGACGGCCCCUCCACCUUCCUCUCCACAGACAGGCCUCUGCUUGAUGAUGGUCAGCGUACAGGCAGCUACUAUGAGAACGUCUGCAAGGAAGCGAGGGACAAUAUGAUCUGUAAGCAGGUGACCACGAGAGAUAAUCGCUACAUCACACAGAUCAUGUGCUUUGACAAGGCUUCCAUCUCCCGCCAAGUCAAGAUUGAAGGCGUGGAGGAGCUCGGUAAGGCCAUAGAAAGACUCCCUCUAAUUGGUCAGUCAGAGUGUUUGUGUUUUUGGGAUCUGUGGAGAACCUCAGUCUAUGGCACCACACUAGGUGGUUUAGGCAGUUCUACACUGAGCGGCAGCGGUGGUGUAAGUGGUGGCAGCGGUGGUGUAAGUGGUGUCAGCGGUGGGAUCUCAAGUGGUUCCUCCUCCUCUUCUUCUUCUUCCUUUACGUCAUCCUAUGGCACUACCCUCUCUGGCGGGCAGGGCACCACUGGACAACCACUUGGGGAGAACGUCAACUGCGACCCCAUAGGAGUCUGCUAUGAUGUGUCAGUUCACUGUAAGGACACCAGGAUCGUGGUGGAGGUUAAGACCAAUAAACUCUUCAAUGGACGGCUGUACUCAAUGGGACGCUCCGAGACCUGCAAUGUACAGGUCGUCAACUCCGACAAGUUCCGUCUCGACUUAUCCAUGGCCGGCCAGGAUUGUAACACCCAGAGUGCUAAUGGCGUCUACACCAACACGGUCGUCGUACAGCGUCACUCAGUUGUCAUGACCAAAACCGAUAAAAUUUACAAGAUCCGCUGCACGUACGACAUGACCUCCAAGAACAUUACCUUCGGCAUGCUCCCCAUCAGCAGUUCAAGCGAGCACGACCCCUUAUCCAACACACUGAUCAUCCGAGACCCAGCAAUGAUCCCCAUCACUUCAGCUCCCGAGGCACCACCACCCAGGAUCCGUAUAUUGGACACCAAACUGAGGGAGGUGGAGACUGUGAGGAUUGGUGACAGAUUAAUCUUUAGGAUCGAAAUUCCAGAUACAACCCCCUACGGUAUCUUCGCUCGGAGCUGCGUCGCUAUGGCCAAGGACUCACGAUCCACAUUUCAGAUCAUUGAUGACGAUGGAUGCCCCGUGGAGCCGUCCAUCUUCCCUCAGUUCACCAAGGAUGGGUCGGCCCUCCAGUCUGUGUAUGAGGCCUUCAGGUUUACGGAAUCCUAUGGCGUCAUCUUCCAGUGUAACGUGAAGUACUGCCUUGGGCCCUGCGAGCCGGCGAGAUGUCAGGUAGGCCGUGAAAGCUUCCAAUCCUGGGGCCGUAAACGUCGAGGUGUGAACAGCUUGCAGGGAGCGUGGGGCCGCACACGUCGUGGUGUGAACAGCGUGCAGGAAGCGUGGGGCCAUGUCCAGGAAACAACCAAAGAGGAGGCGAUGGCGUCAUCUCAUUCCUACUCGACUCCCUCAAGUGACGACGAGAUGAGCGUCAGUCAAGAGAUCCUGGUGCUGGACCUGGGCGAUGACCAGAGACCCCAGUACCGCAACGAGCCCGCCCCUGAGGCCACCAGGUCCUACCACCGAAACCAUACUUACACGUACGAAGGCGCUGAUGUCACCUUAUUCGAGACCUGCCCAACGAGGUCUUCUGUCCUCGCCCUGGCCGUCACCUGCGCCAUCCUCUUACUCAUCUACGUCCUCACCGUCUUCUACUUCGUCAUGAGAAAGUGGUUCCGUCCCACAAAGAACGUGCGAUAAGAUGAAAAAAGUCACAUAUGGCUAUCAGGGAGUUGGAGCACCACAUUACAUACAUACAUACAUACAUACAUACAUACAUACAUGAAUACAUACAUACAGUGGUUUUCUCUCCGUGUAGGGACGAUGGUGACAAACCAGGGAUAAAUAGUUUUGUUUUUCCUAUUAGGAAACUUUUUUGUGAUAAAUUUUAGUGUUGGGGGAUAAAUUUAACUUAUGACUUCACGAUAAGCUUAAGUUGCUGUCAUCAUGGUUGUAAUGGUGAGCUUAAGCUGCUGUCGUCAUAGUUGUUGCGGUGAGCUUAAACUGUCAUCGUGGUUGUGGUUUGUGAACUUAAGCUGCUGUCAUCGUGUUUGUGGUGGUGAGCUUAAGCUUCUCCCUUUCAAUUUCGUUUGGCGAUAUCUUAGAUGAUAUGUGAAGAUAAAAUGAAUGAAGUAAAGUUACCAUGAAGCAAGGUUACCAUGAAGCAAGGUUACCAUGAAGCAAGGUUACCAUGAAGCCAGAAUGUAAUGUUUACCCAAGAUUUAUUUAUUUUUUCAUUCUGGUUUUUUUUAUUUGUCUUUAUAUGUGAAAUUUAGUUCUGAAUUUUCCCUUCAUUUUAGUGGUCGAAUAAUUACAAAGUACCUGUCAUAUCCGACCUGGUUUGAGAUAUUAAUGUACUUACAGUGAAAGCCUCCAUAUAAUGGACUUCUCUCUCCAUACAAUUCGUUAGAUAAUGGAUUUCAUAUCAGACCCUCCAUAUAACGGUCUUUAUAUAGUCCGUAAAACAGUGGUUUCACCUCUAACACACCCUCAAUAUCACGGACAUUCCUCUCCAUAUGGUCCGUUAAUCAGAGGUUUCACAUAAAACAGAUCCUCAAUAUAACGGACUUUCAUCUCCAUAUAGUCCGUUAAAUGGAGGUUUCACUGUAAUUUCUUUUUCCUGAGGGGCGGUUCUGUGUUCUAGACUAGGCCACAGAUGUGAGGCCUCCCGGGUGUAUUAAGGAGAGUGAAGCAAGCAUCUCCGCAGUGUAUUUUUUGGAGGCAUUAAAACCAGUUAUUUCCUGGGCAUUGAAUAAUUUGGCUCAAACUCUCGCCGUAUUGAUUGACUGUGAAUAUUCCCAUGGGCAUUGGAGACUAAAUAUUGUUUUGUGCUAUAACUUUAGAAUAGGAAGAUAAGGAAUGUUGUGUUAAUGAGUCAGAUUGUAUUAUUACGCUAUACAGGCGCUUGAACACAGCUCCAGUAUGUAGACAAAGUUCUUAGAAACCCACCUGAUGAUUCCUGCAUACACACACACACACACACACACACACACACAAGCAUCACCGCGGACAGGAGGCGUAAACAGCCCAUGUAGAAGUUUUUAUUUUUUAGUGUAGCCAUAAAACCUAGUUGAUUUUAAGGUGUGCCUGACUUCUUCCUGCCCCCACCAGCCAGCCAACCAGCCCCUUCUACCGUGCUGUGAUUGUCAUUCUUUUCCCACACCCUUGCCUGCCGCCACCCAUACACAUCCGCACACUCACCCACCCAUUCACUCACACACCCACCCACACUCACACCCACACACCCUCCCACCCACUGAGUCUUCCCAUAGAUUCUUGUGAUCCACAUUAUUUAUAUUUGAUAAAACACACACACACACACACACACACACACACACACACACAGAGUCUUGUGGUUAUAAUUAUGGAUAUAUUUUUAACGUUAUCAUGUGAGGAAAAUGUACAGUCUAAAUCAUAAGGAUAUGAAGGUGUGGUUGGCAUUCUCUCUCUCUUUCUCUGUCUCUGUCUCUCUCUCUCUCUGCUUCUUAGAAUGUUAGUGGUAUAUCAUAAACCUUUGUCCCAUUGUUAGUUUGUUAGUAAGGCCUUUGUAUACCUACCACGGGUGUAGAAUAACACCUGACAAGGAAUCAUGAACUUAUUUACACCCGGUAAGAUCCAGACCAGGUGUGUGUAUCGUAACCCUGAGUCAUCCACAACACAACUAGGUCUCAUCGUCUACACCAGAAUGUUUUGACCAAUGUUUGCUUGUGCUUAUGUGGUUCAGACGUCACUGUGUCAGGUCUUACUUACGUAUCUCUCAAGGUGUGAUUAUUAUAAGGAGUAUUUCUCUUUUAGGUGGGGAAUUUUUACCUGUAGGUCAAAUGAGCCAAUGAUGUGGACAAAAUUGUGGGGCGUUGAGUGUGCGAUGUUGCCCGAAACGGAGGUUGGGGGGUGGAAAUGCACGACCCUCUCUCUCUCUCUCUCUCUUGAAAUAAUAACACAUCUACAAAUAUAAACACUUUCUCUUCAUAAGUGUGUCGCUCAUUGUCUUCAAGUUUUAUUGUUCGACAGUCACACAAUUCGUCUUAAGUCAAUAAUAAUGAUAAUAAUAAAACGAUACAAUUUUUCCCCCGGGGUGACGCGACUCCAUUACCUCCAACCUUCUUCUCGAGUUAAAGGUGAUUUGUUUAAAGUCUUCAUUUGUAGAGCUUGUUAGAUCCCAUGUCAUAGGAAAGCUAGAGUUUUUGUUGUUGUAAAUAAGUCGUUAUUUAUUAUUAAAUGUAUGUUGUGUGUGUAGUGUGGAGAAGUACAGUUUGUUAUAGCCAAUAAAUGUUUCCUAUUGUUUA